AUGCACGCGUGCCUGCUCUGGCUCGGCGGCGCCGCCGCUUUCCCCGAGCUCGGCGCCAUCUACGCGGCCACGGGCCACAUGAGCCUGCUCCAGGCGACGGAGUCCGCCGGCCGCCUCGACACGCCGCACGUCAUCAUCAACACGCUUUUGCCCGACGACCUGGCCAUGUGCAAGCUGCUCAAGCCGAACACGAAGGCCGCGCACCGCUGGGAGUGCAAGGACGUCACGGCGUCCUUCGCGUGGAAGCAGUACCGCGAGCUCACGGCCGACGGCGCGCCCUGCCGCAAGGCGCACGCCCUCGCGCCGAGCCGCUUGCUGAAGAUGUUCAGCAUCCUGACGUCGCCCUUCAAGGUGUCCAUCUUCCUCGACACGGACACGGCGCCGUGCCACUCUCUCGAGACGCUCUACACGCAGCUCCGCGCGACGGACUCCAACGGCCUCCUCGACGUCUACGACGUGCUCAUGGUUCCCGCGCGCGAGGCCGUGCGCGCCGGCCCGGCGUCGAAGGCGUCCUGGGCCGAGCCCGCGGCCUGGACGCAAUUGAAUUCCGGCGUCAUCGUCUGGUCGUCGCGCGCGAUCACGAAGAAGCUCUGGCAGCGCUGGAUCGCGCUCUACUGCAGCGAGUCGUCGACGAAGGACUUCAACGGCGGCGACCAGCACUUCCUCUCCCAGGCGCUGCUCCGCAUGGUCCGCGAGGACCGGCUCCAGCUCUACCAGCUCCUCCCGCAGUGGAACUUCCGGAGCUGGCGCCGCCACUUCGCCAACGGCCCCAAGUGCUGCGAGGCGAGGCCCGCCGACGGCGCGGCGACGGACCCCGUGCCCAUCUACGUCGACCACGGCUGCCACAAGGACAGCUACUACCUGGGCCUCCCGCAGGCCGCCCACGUCGCCAAGCUCCGGCACAACGCGACCGCGGCCUUCUUCGGGCACAUGGUGAUGCGCGACCCCGUGCUGCUGGUGUCGUCGGGCAUCACCUACGAGCGCUCCUCGUUGAUGGAGGCGCUCGAGCGCCGGCCCGGCGUCGACCCGCAGACGAACGCGGCGUUCGACGGGCCGCCGGUCGUCGCGGGCAACAUCACGCUCAAGCGCGCCAUCGAGGCGUGGCGCAGCCGCCCGGGCCGGCCCGCCGAGGAGAACAGCCCGCCGCUGACCGUGCUCCAGUGGCGCGAGGCCCAGUCGGACCCCCUGGACUGGGUCGCGGACGUGGCGUGGGAGAUCGAGGGCGCGGGGUCGGCGGCGGCGCUCGCGGCCACCUCGGAGCUCGUGCUCGCCCCCGAACGGUCGACGCGCCACGACGUCGUCCUCCACGGCGAGUCGACGGCGCUGCUGCCCCUCGUGUCGCGUGGCAUCGUCCGGGUCCGCGGCCGCGAGGUGCCCCGCGGCGCGCGCCGCCUCGAGGGCCUGCGGCUGCACCUGCGCACCUCGGGCAUGGCCUUCCUCGCCAAGGUCGCGCUCUCGAGCGAGGUCGUCGCGCUCGUGGGCGGCAACGACAACCUGCUCUUCGCGCUCUACGGCGGCGACGCCGCGCGGCAACUGCUGCCGCCGCCGGAGGAGGCCGCGCCGAUGCUCUCGCCGGAGCCGCCGGCCGUCGUCGUCCGCGUGCCCAAGGACGUCGACGCGGCGCUCGUGAGGCUCCGCGCGAUCCACGAGGUCCGCGUGAGCGACUUUGAGUUGGAGACCGUCCGCGAUCUCGUGCUCCUCCUCGAGCCGGACGCCGCCGUCGAAAUUGUCCAGGAGCUCUGCGAAUGGGAGAACAUCGACGACGCCGACAAGGCCCUCGACGACUUGAUCUCGGAGCGACUCAAGACCCAGACCGUCGUCUGGCACGAGUCGAAGCUCGAGCUCGCGCUCGCGGCGGCGGCGAAGCCGGAGCUCGAGUCGAAGCUCGAGCAGUAG